GUCCCGGGGAGACCAGAUAUAGUGAAUGCAGGGUCCAGGGAGACCGGAUAUAGUGAAUUGCAGGGUCCAGGGAGACCAGUUAUAGUGAAGUCCGGGGAGACCAGAUAUAAUGAAUGGCAGGGUCCCGGGAGAAGAACCAGAUUUGUGAAUGCAGGGUCUGGGAGACCAGAUAUAGUGAAUGCAGGGUCGGUGCUGAGACCAGAUAUAAUGAAUUGCAGGGUCCGGGGGUUAUAUAUAGGGAAUGCAGGUCACCGGGAGACAGAUAUAGUGAGAAUGCAGGGGUCCGGGGAAAACCCAGUCCUAUAGUGAAUGCAGGGGUCCGGGGAGACCGGAUAUAGUGAAUGCAGGGUCCGGGGGAGACCAGAUAUAGUGAAUGCAGGGUCCGAGGAGACCAGAUAUAGUGAAUGCAGGGUCCUGGGAGACCGGAUAUAGUGAAUGCAGGGGUCCGGGGAGA